AUGGAACUUAUACCAACUUUUAAAGGCUACAUAGAGGAUGAAAAUGACGCUUUGCUUGUAUUCGAGGCAACUAUGAAAGGAAAGCUAAGAAGGACGGUCAGAAGGCCCUAUGAAAUCGAGAGACCGCAAUUGAUUAUUUCAGGUAAUGUUUUUGUGUUUAUCGAAGAAGAAGCAGGCAUUAAAAGGUGGACCGACGGAAUCUCCUGGUCGCCUUCAAGAAUAUUAGGUAAAUUUUUAAUUUAUAAAGAGAUUAUUAAAAAUAAAGACAAUAAUAAUAUUCACAAAAACAGUAAUAGUAAUAGUAAUAACCCUAAUCAUAGUAGUAAUCUUUUACCAACAAAUUCAAGAGACCAUCAGAGGCACAACAAUGAUGGCAGAUCAAUGAAGAGCAAUAAAAACACUAAAAAAAACACAGGUUUUAUCAAAAAGACAAUUUCGAUAAGAGUCCAUUCAACUGAUAAUUUACAGAAUGCGCAGACUUUCCAUUUGGUCUCUUAUUAUUUAGAUGACGAUAUUGGACAGCGAAAGUUAAUUACACCAAAAAAUUCUCCAUUAUUUCGUGGGAUGACUCCAUCGGAUAAUUUGAUUUCUGCUUUGGACGCAACUGCUCUAGGUAAUAAUAAAUUCUUUAACAAUAAUAGUGAAGUUUUCCAGCCAAAAAUUUCGCCGCAUUUAAUCUAUAAGAAUGCGAUCAAUUCCAUAUCUUCUCCAUCAUCGACACCAACCCAUUCCUCGUCAUCAUCUACGACUUCAUCGUCAUCAUCUUCUGCAUUAUCUCUAGCAUCAAACACUAACGUCUACAUGUCAAAAAAUGGUACUCCAUCAGUCACUCCCCAAUCCUGUACUCCAAUUUCAAAUUAUGAGAAUUCAAAUGGAGACGAUGGCAGUAGACGAUAUUCAAGAAUAAGAAAAGAAUCAAUGACAGAAAAUCCCGAUUUGACGCAAUUAAAUAAAAAUGGACUGGCAUUACCAUUCCCGGGAUCAACGCAAAAUAAAAACGUCAUACCGAAAUAUCAUGUUCAUAUGUUUAAUAAUUACAAUGAAAAGAACAAUACGGAUGACAGAAGAUUUGUAAAACAACAACAGCAACCGCAUCCGAAUUAUUGGGUCUCGCUUCCAUCAAAACCUGCCGAAAUUAACGACGGUAUAGCGUAUUUGCCAUCUCAUUCUCAGUUGCUGCCAAAUCAUGAAAUUAUCGGACAACCGAAUAUCCAAUAUACGGGGCCAUAUAAGCAACUUGCAAAUGGAACACCAUACAAUCCAAACCAACCGCAGGACUUCAAUAGGAACUAUCCGUUACAAGAACAAAGGAAGUCACUGCCACCUUUCAUACCACAUAUAUCAAGACAAGUUCAAGUGCCACAAGUGCCACAGGGACCGCAAGGACCAGCAUCUCAGAUCCCACUGCCUCAGCUCCCAAUGCCUCAGCUCCCAAUGCCUCAGAUGCAGAUCCCAAAGGCUUCAAUGCAGAUCCCACAAGUUCUAAUACCACCAUUGCAAGUUGCAAAAGAACAACCACCACCAGUAAUUCUUCCAUUAAACGAAAAUCGCUUGAAUAACAACAGAAUAAACGAACAAGGUUAUAAUCUUCCGUAUUUUCAGCCUCUAUUGAAUUAUAGAGGCUAUCAAUAA